AACAACAAAAACCGCCAUGGCCCACUCCAAGGUGAUCUUGAAGAUCCUGUUCUCGCUAUGCGUCUGGUCCUUUGUCAUCAUCGGUCUGUUCAAAAUGCAUGGCACAAAUCUAGUGCCACAGGAGUACCAGCAAGUGCCACUCAAUGGACGCAUUUUGUUGCAAAAGGAUAUGCGAUAUGCAGAGACGACAUCCACCACCACAGAUCACUUCGAUCCCAGCGAGAUAUUGGUGGACAAUCGAACAGCUAUGGAUGAUGAUCAGCUGGUUCGUGAUGUGGAAUCCCGCAUUCCUUCGCUGCCAAUUGCUUACUGGAGCAAAAACAAGAACUUUUUGCAACAAAAGUCCUCCACCUGCGCCAAGUACCCCUCAAUUUUUGAGUUGGAAUUUAACAAUAUUUACUGGCAAACAUUGCGAACCUCGAAUGGUACAUUCCAACUUUUUGGUGCCUACUAUGAUAUACGAAGAACCUCGUUACUAGGACCCACUGUACGUAUUCUGGGCAUGAUUGAUCGCAUUGAGCCCAAGGUGAAAACCUAUUGCCAAUUCUGGUUUGAUGGCCAAAAGGAACCCUUCAUAGUGAAAACCUUUGAGUACAAAUACAUUUGGUACAACAAAUGGGGCAACUAUAAGCAGGGCAUAUAUCAGCCGUAUUUAAUUGCCUGCCAGAUACCAAAACCCUUUCAUGGAGUUGUGCCCAGUUCGGUGUCAAUGGGAAAGGAAUGCGAUACGGCCACAAAUAAUUUAAGAGUUAUUUACAAUCGUCCUCCGGAUGACCAGAAGAAGGGUUUUGCCGUCUGUGUCAAGGGUUUGGAUUUUCUGUACGAUGAUUUGAGUGUGCGAUUGAUUGAAUGGAUCGAAAUGCUGAAUAUCUUGGGAGCAGAUAAGAUAUACUUUUACAAUCUGCAGGUCCAUCCCAACAUCACCAAGGUUUUGAAUCACUAUGAGCAGGAGGGCAAGGUUCAGGUUAUACCUCUUACCCUGCCUGGUGGUCAGCCAAAUGUCCCAGGAUUCCAGCAUUUAUAUCUCACCAAGAAAACGAAUCACAAGCGACAGAACGAAGUGAUACCCUACAAUGAUUGUCUGUACAAGAAUCUCUAUUUGUAUGACUACAUUGCCCUGCUGGACAUUGAUGAGGUGAUCAUGCCCAAAGGUGGCUCUGUUCUAUGGUCCGAGCUAAUGGAUAAAGUGCGACCCGAAUCGAGGAAGAUUAAGCCCGAUGGCUUCCAUAGUUACAACUUUAGGAAUGUGUAUUUCCUGGAUGAUCAGCAACAUGAACAUGGUUGGCAUAAGGAUAUCCCAAAGUAUAUGCACAUGCUGCAGCAUGUACAUAGAGCCAAGAACUAUACGAAACCGAAUCAGUAUGUGAAAUGUUUCCACGAUCCAGAGCGAGUACUCACCUUGCACAAUCACUUCCCACUGAGUUGUCUUGGAGGCGUUUGCAAAUCAUAUCCGGUGGAUACACAAGAUGCCCAACUGCAGCAUUAUCGCGCAGAUUGCGUUAAAACGUUGAAGAAAAGCUGCGAGGAAUAUCGUGAGCAUUCCGUGGAGGAUAAAACCAUUUGGAAAUACAAAGAUGAACUGAUACGACGCACUAUCAAGGCGCUUGAUACGCUGGGUUUCUUUCGCCGUCAAGGAUUAAACUCAGCCUCCGGUUCGGGAGGCAGUAGCAGUGGUUUGGGCGGUGGUGCAACCACACAUUCAACGGAACGGUGAUUCACACUCCUUGGGGGUGGCGGUGGCGGAUGGUCCUGGCCAUGGCAACUGGUGGAAGCAUCCGGCAGUAGUCUUGGCAACGAAGAGUUCUUCGUUUGAGCACCAUUCCGAAGAAAACCACCGUGCCCCUUUGAGUUGUUUGUCUACUAUGAGAAAAGGAGAGAUGUCUCUAAGAAGACUCUGAGAUCACUCUGAGAUCACUUUGAGAUCCCUGUGAGAUCUCUUAAGAGAUCCGAUUUAGGAUCAUCUCCCAGUUUAGUUAGUAUAUUAUGUCCAGUUGCAGUUCCCAUCCAAGACCCCAUAUAUACCAGAGACAGCAUUUCCCCCAGACCAAUUCCUUUUGUUUUAAGUCUUUUAUUUUCUUUUAAUUUCUUUAAUAUUUGUAGUGUUUUGUUUGAAAUCUUUUAGAAAUUGGCUUUGAAACCUAGGGAAAAGUCUGCUCCUCUAAGGGUAUAUAUGGUUAGUGUAAACAGUAGAAGUGGUGUUAGUUAGUUGCGAUGAAUUGGGAAGAGAACACUUUUGAAAUUGUGCCUUCGAACCUGGAUGGUAGAGAGUUUCCUAGAUUAACCUACAUCCUGAAACCCCCCAUUAACCUUAACCUACUCCCCUUGCAAAUUAUGUAUUUCCAUUCACAAAAAAAAACAAUGAAAAAGACAUAAAGUCACAACUUUAAAAAAAAAGAUAAAAAUCAGGCCAAUUGCACACAAGAAAGAUUUGUAAGACAUUGUGAAAUGGCUAGGAAAAUCAUAAUGAAACCUAAACUAAGUUCAAGACUGAUGAUGUUUAUUAAGAAUUAUAAAUCGAAGGAUGAGGAUAAAAAGAGUAUGAGGGAUUUACCAGCUAAUAAUUUGUUUUCACAUUCGGAUUAAAUCGAUAUUAUUGUUGUUUGUAUAGGCAAAAAAGAAACGAAACGAAGGCCAUGAAAAGGUCCUUGAAAAGAAUGCAGGAAAUGCAAAAGAGAAUACGAAAAAGAAAAAUAUCACUAAAUGCUAAGCAAAAGAAAGAAAGAAAAUACUUAAAAAUUGAACAAGUUUCAGUUGUAAACUGUAAAUAGGAAAAUUGUUAAAGGCAUAAAGUAUAAACUAUAUAUGCGGAUUAGGACCGAUUAAAAUCGGAUAAACUAACUAAUGAGAACAAACCCAACUUUUAAGUUCUUUUUUUUUUUGAUCCUUUUGAAAGCUACACAAACUAUAUACACUAUAAACACUAUAUACUAUAUAUAUAAUUAUAUAAUCUUAUAAUUUUCAACUUGUACAUACACAUGAAGACAACACAUACACACACUACACUAGACACACACACUAUUUUAUUUGAUAUAUUUUCUAUUAAUCAUUUCCCCAUAGAAGCUUAGUCAAAUUGCAAGUGUACAGUUCUAAGAGAAGCCACUAAACUAAACUAAACUAAACUAAAUACAGACAUUUAAAUACGAUACAGAUACAGUUAUAUAGGAAUGCAUGCCAAUCGUAUGUAUUAAUGUUAGUUGCUAGCCAUUUAAGGACCUCAAGAGUCGUGUGAAGGAAAUCCCCCACAAUUUUUAGU